AACUAAUGAUUAACACUUUAUAAAAUGUCGUAUGAAGAUGUUGAUGAUUUUGGAUUUCAGGAAACUGAAUACCAAGAUCAAAUUGGAACUGCAGAUUGCUGGCAAGUCAUUGACGCUUUUUUCCAAGAAAAGGGUCUAGUACGUCAGCAAUUAGACUCAUUCGAUGAAUUUAUAAAUUCAAUGAUACAACAUAUCAUUGUUGACACACCGCCUGUAGACUUACAAGCGGAAUCACAACAUUUAUCCGCUGAUUCUGAAAAGCCUCCGCGGUAUACCGUUACUUUUGAUAGUAAAGUUUACUUGGGCAAACCUACUAAAUACGAGCAAAAGACUGUUGAGCUCUAUCCAAACGAAGCUCGCUUACGAAAUCUGACAUAUGCAGCUCCGCUUUGUGCCGAUGUUUCCGUAUUGAUCACGCAUCCCCGCGGAGAGCCCGAGCAAAGGAAAUACCCGCAGUUGCAAAUCGGUCGAAUUCCGAUAAUGCUGAAGUCUAGCGCUUGCGCUCUCUCCUCCUACGACGAAAAGGACAUCCCUGAAUUAGGAGAAUGUUCUUACGAUCAGGGGGGGUACUUUAUUAUCAGUGGCUCAGAAAAGGUGCUGAUUGGUCAAGAAUCGAUGGGUCGGAACACUGUUUAUGUGUUUAAGAAAACUGGCAAGUAUUCGUACGUUUCUGAGAUUCGCUCUGUGCUGGAAGGAGGCACCACCACCGGCAGCAAACUGUACGUCAAGCUUUUAGGAAAGCAGAACGUCUCUUCCAAAGUCAACCAGACGGGCCAGACAAUCCGGGCGACGUUGCCGUACAUAAAGGACGACAUUCCGUGCAUCAUUGUGUUCCGUGCGUUGGGCUUUGUUUCCGACAAGGACAUUCUCGAGCACAUCAUCUAUGACUUCCGCGAUGCCGAGAUGAUGGAGAUGCUCAAGCCGUCCCUCCUUGAAGCCUUUGACUUCCAGCACCAGAACCCGGCUUUGGACUACAUAGGGUCGCGCGGAAGGGCCGUGGGAAUAGUGAAAGCCGCCCGCAUCAACCACGCUAGGGACAUACUCCAAAAGGAGAUGCUUCCACACGUGGGGAUCGACGAGUACUGCGAAACAAGAAAAGCUUUUUUCUUCGGGUACAUCAUCCACCGCUUAUUAUUGGCUGCUCUUGGCAGGCGCGAGUGUGAUGACAGAGAUCAUUUCGGGAAUAAGAGAAUAGACCUUGCGGGCCCCUUAUUGGCCCAGCUUUUCCGGCAAUUGUUUAGAAAUUUGGUUAAAGAAAUUCAAACGACCCUUAAACGGUGCUUAGACGAGUCCAAAGACUUCAACAUAACACGUGCAAUCGACCACAACAUUAUAACACGUGGCUUGCGGUAUGCCCUUGCAACCGGGAACUGGGGGGAACAGCGGAAAGCCCAUCAAACACGUGCUGGCGUUUCCCAGGUCCUUAACCGUCUGACCUUCGUGUCGACUUUGUCACACCUUCGCCGCCUCAAGUCUCCUAUUGGUCAAGAUGGGAAGCUGGCGAGGCCGCGUCAGUUGCAUAACACCCAUUGGGGGAUGGUGUGCCCGGCAGAAACUCCAGAGGGCAGCGCCUGCGGCCUCGUGAAAAACUUGGCGUUGAUGGCCUAUAUAACCGUUGGGACUGAGUCAGAGCCGGUUCGAGAGUUCUUAGAGGACUGGCAAACACUCUCGUUUGAGGAAACGUCCGCCUCUGCUAUAGGGGAAGCUACCAAGGUGUUUCUGAACGGAAACUGGGUGGGCGUCCACUCAGACCCAAACGAAUUGGUAUCGACUUUGCGAAAGGUUCGACGAAGAAAAAACAUCAGCCACGAGGUUUCUGUCGUGCACAUGGUUCGCGAGAAGGAGUUGCGGUUAUCAACCGAUGCCGGCCGCGUUUGCCGGCCUUUAUUCGUUGUGCGACCCGAUCAAACGUUGGAGAUACAAAAGUCGGAUGUUGAGAUGCUGAAUACGCAUGACGAAACGCACACUGAUCAGCCAACCACUUUUGAGCAUCUGCUUGAGCGCGGCGUCGUUGAAUAUAUUGAUGUGGCCGAAGAGGAGACGUGCAUGAUUGCUAUGUUUAUAGAGAAACUCAAGCAAGGCAACUGCGGCACCUACACUCACUGCGAAAUUCAUCCGUCCAUGAUACUUGGCGUUUGCUGUUCCAUCAUUCCGUUUCCUGACCACAACCAAUCCCCCCGUAACGUGUACCAGUCAGCCAUGGGCAAGCAAGCCAUGGGCAUCUACAUAACCAACUUCCAAGUUAGAAUGGACUCAUUAGCGCAUGUUCUAUUCUACCCGCAAAAGCCACUCACCACCACGCGGGCUAUGGAGUACCUGCAUUUCCAGGAGCUUCCCGCUGGGAUUAAUGCUGUAGUAGCGAUUGCUUCCUACACCGGGUACAACCAGGAAGACUCUGUUAUUAUUAACCAAUCUUCGGUGCAACGAGGACUGUUCCGGUCUAUUUUUUAUCGAACUUAUAAGGAUGAGGAAAAAAGGAAAAGUUGGGCAGAUGAGACAUUUGAGAAACCGGACCGCUCUACCACAACGGGGUUUCGCAACAGAGGAUUCUAUGAAAAGCUGGACGAUGACGGACUGGUUGCGCCCGGCAUUAGCGUCAAUGAGAACGACGCCAUUAUUGGAAAGACCACCCCUAUCGAACAGGACGAAGAGCUACUCAAGCAAGACUCUAAGGGCAACAUAUACACUAAGCGAGACAGCUCUACUUUUUUGAGAGCGGGCGAACACGGGAUUGUGGAUCAAGUCCUCCUCACUGAGAACGGCGAAGGCAAUAAAUUUUGCAAAAUUCGCGUUCGGUCUGUGCGCAUACCUCAAAUUGGCGAUAAGUUUGCUUCUCGACACGGCCAAAAAGGGACGUGCGGUAUCCUAUACAACCAGGAGGACAUGCCCUUUACAGCUGAGGGAAUUAUACCAGACAUCAUCGUCAAUCCGCAUGCUAUUCCGUCGCGCAUGACUAUUGGUCACAUGAUUGAGUGUCUAAUGGGCAAAGUCGCCGCCCUCAUGGGUCAAAUUGGGGACGCCACGCCUUUUCUCCACUACGACAAUAUCGUUGCAAGCGUAAGUGAUAUGCUUAAGAGCUACAAGUACCAUCAAUAUGGGAACGAGGUCAUGUACUGCGGACACACAGGCAGGAAGAUCAACACACAAGUCUUCAUUGGUCCGACUUACUACCAAAGACUAAAGCACAUGGUUGACGACAAGAUUCAUGCAAGAGCACGAGGCCCUUGCGCGGCGCUUACAAGGCAGCCUAUGGAGGGCCGCUCUAGAGACGGCGGCCUGCGCUUUGGUGAAAUGGAGCGUGAUUGCAUGAUAGCACAUGGCGCUGCUCAAUUUUUGCGUGAGCGACUCAUGGACGUUUCGGACGCCUUUUCAGUGCAUGUCUGCAACCUCUGCGGCCUUAUAGCAGUAGCAAAGACCAAGACAGACGAGUAUGAGUGCUUUGGCUGCAAAAAUACAACCAAGAUCUCGAGAGUGAUGAUCCCGUACGCUUGUAAGCUGCUCUUCCAAGAACUGAUGGCCAUGAGUAUCGCACCUCGCAUGAUGGUGCUUCGGCCAGGACAGUGCAUGCGCUUAAAAUACGACGAUGCCGGUAACCGUCUUCCUUAGAACAGCGCUUUUGCCUUUAGAAUACAAUUGACAAAU